UGCUCCACCUGCCAGCAGAGACUCUUCCUGUUCAUCCGCCGUGAGGGCAUCCGCCAGUACGGCAAGUGCGUACAUGACUGCCCCCCUGGUUACUUCGGCGUCCGCGGCCAGGAAGUCAACAGGUGCAAAAAAUGUGGAGCCACGUGUGAGAACUGCUUCAGCCAGGACUUCUGCAUCCGCUGCAAGAGGCGAUUUUACCUGCACAAGGGGAAGUGCCUGCCCACCUGCCCACUGGGCACGGUGGCCCAUCAGAACACACGGGAGUGCCAGGAGGAGUGUGAGCUGGGCCCCUGGGGCAACUGGAGCCCCUGCACACACAACGGGAAG